AUGACCGAGGAUGACUGGCGCUGGCACUUUUAUGACACAGUCAAGGGCUCAGACUGGCUUGGUGACCAGGAUAGCAUUUAUCACAUGUGUAAAAGUGCCCCGGAGGCCGUGAUUGAGCUUGAGAACUUUGGCGUCCCGUUCUCCAGGACUGAAGACGGGAAAAUUUAUCAAAGAGCCUUUGGAGGCCAGAGCCUUAAUUUUGGUAAAGGGGGGCAAGCGUACAGAUGUGCAGCUGUGGCUGACAGAACCGGCCACUCACUGCUUCACACAAUGUACUCGACCUGCCUUAAAUAUAACUGUUCAUUCUUCAUUGAAUAUUUCCUACUGGAACUCAUCAAACACCCGAACGAGAAUCGAGUUAUUGGAGCGAUAUUUUUGAGAAUGAGUAAUAUGGAGUUACAUGUGUUCAGGAGUAACCAUGUGGUGAUAGCAACGGGUGGGUUUGGCCGAUGUUAUUUUAGCUGCACAUCUGCCCACAUGUGUACUGGUGAUGGGAACGCAGCUGUGAGUAGACUGGGACUUCCAAACCAGGACAUGGAAUUUGUACAAUUUCAUCCUACAGGAAUAUAUCCAGCAGGCUGUUUAAUUACAGAAGGUUGCAGAGGCGAGGGUGGGAUCCUACGUAAUUCCGAAGGUGAAGCUUUUAUGGCCAGAUACGCACCGGUGGCCAAGGAUUUGGCCUCAAGAGAUGUUGUCAGCAGGUCAAUGACAAUUGAAAUUAAUGAGGGCCGAGGCUGCGGCCCUAAUAAGGAUCACCUAUACCUUGAUUUAACACAUCUGUCUGAAGAUGUAUUUAGAGAAAAAUUACCUGGAAUUACCGAAACCAGCAAGAUUUUCGCAGGAGUUGAUGCCUCCAAGCAAUAUAUCCCAGUCUUACCAACUGUUCAUUAUAAUAUGGGCGGUGUACCCACCAACUAUAAAACUGAAGUUCUAACAAGCAACUUACUACAGAGUAUGGCUGAAAAUUCAACUAAUUCCAACACCACUGCUGACAGUAAGAAGUCGAGUGGAAAGAGUAAGAAGAAGAGCACUCCAAAUCAGAAAUUGGAAGAUUCAGUGGUAUACGGUUUAUAUAGCGCUGGCGAAAGUGCAUGCGCAAGUGUCCACGGAGCUAAUAGAUUAGGCGCAAAUUCACUAUUAGAUAUUAUCGUAUUUGGGAAAAUGUCCGGAACCACAAUAAAUGAAAAAAUAAAAUCCGACUCCAGCAACAAACUUAACUUACCAAACCAAACACAUUAUGAUGAUGUUGUUGAAAAAACUUCCAACAAAUUAUCAAAUCUUCUGAAUACCACCAAUAAUAACAAUAAUCUAGGUGGUCUCGGCGUAAAAGUGAGCGAUUUGAGAUUGGAAAUGCAGAAGAAUAUGCAAAAGUAUGUUAGUGUAUUUAGGAACGGUGAUUCAUUAAAGGAAGGGAGAGAAAAGAUCAAAGAAUUAGCAAACCAAUUUCAAUAUGUUAAAAUAAGUGAUCCGAGUAAAGUAUUUAAUACGGAUUUACUCGAAGCUCUUGAACUUGAAAAUUUAUUACAACUCAGUUUGCAAAUUGUAACAGGCGCAGAAGCUAGAAAGGAGUCUAGAGGUGCUCAUUCACGUGAAGAUUAUCCUAAGCGUGAUGAUGUCAAUUUUAGAAAACACACUCUAACAUAUCUUCAUAAUCCCUCACAAAGUAAUUCCACUCAGUUAUUUAGUUAUAAAUUCCAUUAUGUAUUUAUUAUAUUACUUAAAAUUACACAUAAAUUGAUGCUACAGUGUAUGACGGAAGUUAUGGAGGAUAUGAUGUAG